UUAUAAUUCAUAAUCUAAAAAUAACUUGUUUACCUAUAGACAUUUAAAAAACACACUUUUAUGAACUCUAUCUGUGUGCAAAGUUGUGUACGCAGAUGCUAGUAUAACAGACAUAUUAAAAACAUGGAGAACGAGAAUGUAUUGUUUUGGUCAAAAGCAGCUGGAACGUUCCUGGUAUCGUCGGCAGUGCUUUAUUUCGCCUGGAAAAAAAUAAUAAGCAAACCUCCCAAGAAGAAUUACCAACCCGAUACAGUAAUACUUCAUCAGAUUGGACGAGGGCAAUAUGCACCCAGUUUGACACCGUAUGCUAUUAAAUUAGAAACUUAUCUGCGCAUGGCAAACAUUCCUUAUGAAAAUGUACACAGUUUCUAUACUCCCAGCAAAAAAGGAAAAGUCCCAUGGAUUGAAUAUAAUGGAGAGGAAAUUGCAGAUUCUGAAUUUUGUAUAGAAUAUUUAAAUGAUAAACUAGGAAUCGAUCUGAAUAAAGACUUCACAGCAAAGGAAAGAGGAAUAGCAAGAGCUUUCCAGAAAAUGGUAGAAGAAAACACAUACUGGGCAUUAGCAAUGGAUAGAUGGGUGUUUGAUAAGGACUGGACAGCUUGUAAAGCUAUGAGAACUCCAACAUUGAUUGCUUAUUUUAUCAGACGGUCAGUGAGGAAAGAUACGUAUGCCGUUGGUAUUGGACGACAUAGUUCAGACGAGGUGUACCACAUUUUGGAUCUUGAUUUAAGAGCUUUAUCAGACUUCUUAGGUAAUAAAAAAUUCCUGCUAGGGGACAAGCCAUGCCAGGCAGACUGUAGUGUAUUUGGUAUGAUUGGCAAUGCCUACUGGCAAUCGUUCGGAAAUCCAGCAGAAUCAGCAGUCAAAAAAUAUAGAAACUUGUGUGACUAUUGUCAAAGGAUGAAGGAAACAUUCUGGCCUGACUGGGACGAAUGUAUUUCUCAUGGAUUUACAAAAGAGCCAACUAAAUGAUUUUAUAAAUAGCUUCUCUGUAUAAUACAUGACUUUGUAUUAUAGCUUCUCUAUAUAUAAAUGUACAUCUUCGCAAGCCAAGGGUUACGAUCCAUUUCACUCAGGGAAGUGGAUCGUUACCCUCGGCUAGCGGAGAUGAUAAAUGUAUGAAAUCAUCACAACGUGGAAUGUUGUAAAAAUGAAAUAAAGUUUUGGCUUUUCUA